UUUAUCGGUUCGUUGUCAGCUACCAGUGAUUUUGAUCUUUAUACGCGGUAUUACUUAUUUUUAGUGUUGUGCCGAUUGUUGAUAAUGUCUUCAGAGUAUUCAUACUGCAGUGAAAACGGUUUUGAUGAAUUAUCGAGCUCAUCAGACUCCGGAUUUGAUGUUAGUUUUGAGUCACCGAAACAUGAAAUUAAUUCGGUAGUUGAUUCUUUGUUUCCGGCGAUUAAAGAAGAGAAGAAAAAGAAAACUAGAAAUACGCGGUGUAAAAGUCCGACGCAGGUAUUAAAAUUAAAAAGAAACCGCAGAAUGAAAGCAAACGACCGCGAACGUCACCGAAUGCACACAUUAAAUGACGCCCUAGAAAGAUUACGCAUGGCCCUGCCCACAUUUCCCGAAGACACAAAAUUAACCAAGAUCGAAACUCUGAGAUUCGCCCACAACUACAUCUGGGCCCUGUCCCAGACCUUGGGAAACACCGACGCCGGGGAAAUAACCGUGAACGUCGGGAACGUCACCGUCAGCAUCAGCGAGAACGGUAACAUGAUAACGUCAUCAACCGGGAGCUGUGCAGUCGCCGCUCAGAAACGUCUUGGGCCCAGUCACCCCGCGUUUCCAUACCCUCAAGAGCGAUUCGUACCCGAGUGGCAGGAGUACGACUGCUACAGCGACCAGAGUGUCAGCCCUCCGGUCCAGUACCAGACCCAGUGCUACGAGCAGUCGAUGUACUCAGUCCCUCAUCAGCACCAAAUAAACCAAUCACACUUCAACGGGCAUCAUACCAACAUGUAUCAGUGCCUCUGAGUUUAAAUUGUGAUGAACUGAUGAUGAAUGUGCAG